AUGCCUCGCGCAGAAGAACUCCUUACAAUAAUCCAAUCAGAUGAUGCUACAAAGAUUAGCGAACUUGUCAAAAAUGCAAAUGAUGCAAAUGAAUUUCUGGAAUUCGAAGAUGAAAAUAUUCCAGAAAUGUUACAAGAACAUCCACCAAUAAUCUCUGCUGCAGCCUUUUAUGGAGCUACAAAUUGUUUCAACUACCUCUUUAAAUUAGGUGCAAAGCUCGAUUCCCUUGAUGAAAACGAAGUUACAAUUCUUCAAUUUGCUGUUAUGGGAGAAUCACCUGAUAUUCUUGAAACAAUUUAUAGCAAUGGUAUUUCUUUCCCUUACAUCGGAUUCUUUGCUCUUCGCAAAGAAAAAUUCGGAUCUUUCUUUUGGUUACUUGACCAUAAACAUGCAAAGAUAGACGAAAUAGACUUUACAAAGAGCUCAUAUCUCCAUGUCGCUGCUAGUUUAGGCAAUGUCGAAAUAUUUAACAAAAUAAUUAACUUACAUGACUUUGACGCUAAUGCUAAGGACUACAUGGGCAGAACACCAUUACAUAUAGCCUGUGGUGAAGGCCACAAGGACAUCGUUGAACUCUUAAUGAAGAAUCCUAAAGUAGAUCCCUCAAUUGAAGACAAUUUCAACAGAAUAGCUGUUUACUAUGCCCAUGCUCAGGAGCGCUGGGACAUUGUUAACAUAUUCUUCAACGGAGAUAUCAACAAAUUCCUUGAAAACGGCCAAACCCAGUUAAUGGUUGCAUCAAGGAAAGGAAAUAUCAACUUGGUUCGCUUCCUUUUGGAAAUGCCAGAGUUAAAUAUCAACUUACAGAACAGUUACGGAUUAGCAGCUCUUCAUUUCGCUUCUCGUUUCAAUGAGUACGAAAUUGUCGAAGAAUUAUUAAGACACGAAGCAAUUAAUGUCAAUAUACAAGAUAAUUUCGGUAAAACACCUUUACAUUAUGCAAAAGAAGCAAAUUCAGAAGAUAUUAUCACUUUGCUGUUGAAACAUCACGCUAAUCCUGAUAUUACUGAUAAGGAAGGACAUAAACCUUUAGAAGAAAUCACAAACACUGAUCCAAACACUCCAAUUAAUCAAUCAUAA